AUGACGGUCGCCAUGGCCACAACGAAAGACAGUGGUGCUGUGCCAGCUGGCGGCGCUCAGGGAGAAUCACCCGUGAUUCAGGCCAUCCCCGCCAGUGACGUGCACCGAAUCACCAGUGGACAAGUCGUCCUUGACCUGCAAACAGCGGUCAAGGAGCUCAUCGAAAAUGCGCUCGAUGCCUCUGCCACCAACAUCGCCAUCCAUUUUCGCGACUACGGCGCCGACGCAUUCGAAGUGGUCGACAAUGGCACGGGCAUCGACCCUUCCAACUACGCCUCUGUCGCUCUCAAGCACUACACCAGCAAGCUCUCUUCCUUUUCGGAUCUCGCUCUAGUACGCACCUUUGGCUUUCGAGGCGAGGCACUUUCGUCGUUGUGCGCUCUGGCUAAGGUCACAGUUCACACAGCAACCUCAGAUCAGGCACCCAUGGGCACCAUUCUACAGCUCAACCGAUCCGGCAAGGUUGAAAGCGACACAGGCAAAGCCGCAAGGCAGCGAGGAACCACCGUCACUAUCGAAGGCCUCUUCAAGUGUCUGCCUGUUCGCAGGAAGGAGUUUGAAAAGAAUCUGAAACGCGAAUAUACCAAGGCGCAAAACCUGCUCCAAGCCUAUGCUCUCGUCACCAAAGGAGUCCGUUGGACAACCACAAAUGCCCCAGCAGGUGGUCGCAAAAUACCACAAUUCAGCGUCAACUCAUCCAACGCAGAAGACUAUCUCUCUGCCAACGUUGCGGCUCUUUUUGGCGCCAAGGUGAAGCCUACACUGAUGCCUCUCGACCUCGAGCUCACCUUUUCCAUCGCCAAGGCUCGGAGUAAGCUUCCCCCCACCACUGUAGACGCUGAUGUCGAGGCAGGCGGAGUGGAAGAGAAUGCGGCACGCGACGAGACAUCCACCGUCCGUGUGGUGGGUCUCAUCAGCAAGCCCGUGUACGGCUCGGGCCGCACCUCGUCCGACAGACAGUUCUUCUACAUCAACGGCCGCCCCUGGGAAGCAGGUCGUGUCAGUCGAGCCUUUAACGAGGUCUACAAGUCGUUCAACUCGAAUCACUUCCCCUUUGUCAUUGCGGAUUUCAGGCUGCCUACCGACUCGUACGAUGUCAACGUCAGUCCCGACAAGCGCACCAUCUUUCUGCACGAGGAGAGUCGGCUGAUCGAAAAGGUGAAACAAGCGCUCGGGGAUCUCUUCGCUCCGAGUCGGGCCACGUUUCUCGUCAAUGGAGCGAGUCAUUCCCUUCGCAACGGCAGUGGCGGGUCGACCUUGGCUGCACAAUCAAAGCUCAGUGGUUUCACGGCCAAGAGCGGGGACGAGCAUGCGUCUGAUGAUGAAGUUCACGAUCCGGCAGAGGAUUCGUUGGUCGUGUCAGAGCACGAAGAGCAAGUAGACGAGCAGCAGAAUGAGGCAGACGACCUCGAUGAAGGGGAGGACGAGCCUGCACCGUCAAGACGGCAUGACCACGAAGCUAACAAUCUCGAAUAUCGCGAGGACUCGAGCUCCGUUCCACCUUCGCGAGGAAAUGUAGCACACAUGGAGGACGACUACAGCAGUGAACCUGACGUGCCGGUGACACUAACACCCGAAAUGGAAGCCGCAGGGCACUCAAAGCGAAAUGCCGACGAGGUGCUUGACACAACCCAGGCGUCCUGGUCACCCGUCAAGAAGCAACGCACGACGAUGUCUCCUAUAGAAGAGCUCGACACAUCCUCAUCCGAGCGGUCACGUCACGAAGCACGAAAUGUCUUGGCGUCGCUACGAACGUUUGCUCUCCCUGGAACGCAGGCCGAACACGACCUCCCCGUCUCGACUCGGAUGGCCGUAGGAGGUCAAGACGUCGAGUUGGCAUCGACGCCGAUGGUCAUGCUGACCGAGGCGGUCGAUGCAUCUUCAGAGGGCGAACAAGCCGCACCAAAUGAAGGAGAUGCCGACGAUAACCAGACGGACGAUGAAGCGGACGAGCCCUUAUCCAACAAGCUGGCUGCGAUUUACGAGACAGCCGCAACCGUUGAAAGCGAGACUUUCGAUGAGGACGAGUUUGUCUCCUUCGACAUGGAUCGUCUGCAGCAACGAAUGCGGGAUCGGCGCGCAUCAGCUCUUGUAGUCAAGCCCGUACCCGCAGACUUGCCUGCCUCGGGAGAUGAAGAGCUGCUGCAAGGCGCUGGAGUAGGGAACCAAGACGAAGCCCAGGUCGAGCGAGCUUUGUCAAGAGUCAUCCACAAGCAAGACUUUGCCGCCAUGGACAUCGUAGGUCAGUUUAAUCUCGGAUUUAUCAUUGCACGUCGUCGAACGCUGCCAGACGCUUUUGCCGACGAGAUGGACGACCUCUUCAUCGUCGACCAGCAUGCCUCGGACGAGAAAUUCAACUUCGAGACGCUCCAGCUGACGACACAGAUUCGCUCGCAGAAGCUCAUCGUCCCGCGUCCAUUGGAACUGUCAGCUUCGGACGAGCUGGUCGCAAUCGAGCACCAAGAGACGCUGCUCUCGAACGGCUUCGAGAUAGCAGUAUCCGAAGCGGGGCUUCCUGGGACGAGGAUCAAGCUGGUCGCUCAGCCGAUCAGCAAGGCGACGGUGUUUGGCGUCAAAGAUCUCGAGGAGUUGCUCUACAUGCUGCGAGACACGACCGCAGGCUCGGAAGCAGCCAAAGGCAUCCGAUGCAGCAAGGCGAGGGCCAUGUUUGCCAGCCGAGCCUGCCGAAUGUCGAUCAUGAUUGGCACGGCUCUCAACAAAACCAGGAUGAGUGCCAUCCUGAAGAAUAUGGGCACGAUCGAGCAGCCCUGGAACUGUCCGCACGGCCGUCCGACGAUGCGCCAUCUAGCGUGUCUCAAGACGCUUGAUGCUGCAAAGCAGAGGGACAAGGCGCAGGGCGAUGCAGAGCCUACCUGGGAUGAGCUCGUUCAAUGUCUUGACUAG